AUGGCUCACUUAUCCGAGAAUUUAGCAAAUGCUAACCAGACUGUGACGACUAAUACGUAUGGUUGGCUUCAAAACCGGGAGCAUGAAGAAAGAUUGAGCUAUUCAGCUCAAAACUCAGCUGCUUUAAAACAUACCAAGGAAAGAUGGACAGGUUUAGUCUGGAAUAGCGCUGACAAACAGAAUUUGGUGCUGCCUGCUGGCCAGGCGGCGUACGAAAUUCAAUACUCCGUGUUUGAGCCUCUGUUUGGCUACACAAAAUGGCCAAAACUGCCCGAUAGAAACGCUACCAGACAAGCGUUUCAAGAGCAGAUCCAGGACUGUGUAGAUGCCAUUACGAACCUCGACGUCGAAUUGGAGCGAAUCAAGGCUGGCUCAAGUGGAUCGUAUUUCGUUUACGGAACAGACGGUCGCAAAGUGCCGUUGGGCGUUUUCAAACCGAAGGACGAAGAACCCUACGGCCCGCUGUCUCCAAAAUGGACCAAAUGGGCCCACAGGACCUUCUUCCCAUGUUUUUUCGGUCGCAGUUGCUUGAUCCCAAACCUUGGAUACGUGUGUGAGUCCGCAGCAAGCGUCCUGGACGAGCUGUUGGGCACCAAUCUGGUCCCGCACACCGAGAUCGUUUCGCUGAUGUCCAAGAACUUCUACGACACGAAAAGAGCUUGGUUAACAACAGAGCCUCGCGUCAGACACAAAACCGGGUCGUUCCAACGCUUUGUAGAGGGCUACGAGGGUGCUGGCGAGUUUUUCGAAAAAUAUCCGUUCCCAGGACACUACCGAGACCGCCCACAACCGGAAUCCCAGGACCGGUUUUCGUGGAAUGCUCGCACUCUGGCCGCGUUUCGCAUCGAGGUCGAAAAGCUCAUUGUUUUAGACUACAUUAUGCGCAACACCGACCGUGGGCUCGACAAUUGGAUGGUCAAGGUCAGCCAAUUGCCAGACAAAUCGUGGGAAAUCAAGCUGGCCGCUAUUGAUAACGGGCUGGCCUUCCCCUGGAAGCACCCAGAUGAAUGGCGAUCUUUCCCUUACGGUUGGCUGUACCUCCCGGUGAAUAUCCUGGCCCAGCCUUUCUUGGAGGCCACUAGAAGACAUUUUCUUCCUCUGCUGACCAGCACACGGUGGUGGGAGACUUGUUUUAUCGAAAUGACCGCGCAAUUCGGCUGCGACGCAGAGUUCAAAGGUCGUAUGUGGAAAAAACAGUGGAGUGUGUUGAAGGGCCAGGCCUUUAACGUCGUUGAAACCUUGAAGAACCCUACCCAGGGCCCGUUGGAAUUGGUGCGCCGCACGCGCACGCUAGUGAUCGACGAAGUCAUGCAAGUUCCGUCCACGACCUUGCCGCUAAAUAUUUUGCACAACGCCAUGGAAGAGCCCCUAUCGUUCUCUGCCUCAUCUCCGAUGAUUAUGUCCUCUGUGCCAGAGGAGACUACCGCUCCUACAGAUCAUGGUGCGAAUCGAACCGUGAGUAUUGCUCCGAAUGAAUCCAUUGAAGACUCUCUGCCUCUUGCAAAAGACUACCCAAAUAAGAAAGUAGUGAUUGAGAGGCUGAUGCUGGUUAAUUCAAAACCACCGGUCUUCACUUGGUGGUGA